AUGUCGAUUGAUAUCAACUGGGAGAAGCUGACGGGCGGCUCAGAUGGUUCUUUGCGGGCGGAGUCGAUCCGCGCUUUCAUUCAUGACCGAUUCCAGCAGGUGACGCUGCCGCGUUUCAUUCGCUCCGUCCACGUCCAUUCAUUCGAUUUUGGGAGCAUUCCGCCCGAGAUUGAGAUCAAAGACAUCUGCGAUCCACUUCCCGACUUUUACGAGGAGGAUGAAGAUUACCCAGACGAUGACGAAGAUGCGCAGGCACCUGACGAUCGCGGGGCUAGCAACGGCCCUCAAACCCGCCCGACGAAGGAGCGAAGGGGAGGGGCGGAAAAGACAUUGCCUCAGGUAGAACAACUUCCUCCGCAUCGAUCACAUCUAGCGCUGCCAUUUGGAAACACCAGAACCCCGGGCCUUCGCACCACACUGGCGCCUGUCGAACAGCUGGGGAGCCCGUUCAUCCCUAGGGCCUCCACACCUGGCAUCCCCGGAGGAACUUCUAACAUGAACUAUUUUCAUCUACCAUUGGGGGCGGGCCUAUCUGGGACAACUACGCCUCUUGCUGCCGUCGCCGGUGCACAGCUCCAAGGUUGGUCGGACUUUAACAACAUGCGACCGACCACCCCAACCAAUAUGCGUCUUCGCCACGCUCCGUCCAUGAACUCGCUCACCCUGACUCCGCAGUCGAACCCAGACCCCACCACACGGCCGUCCUCCCAACAUCAGCAUGAUGCAGACCGACGGAACUCACUAGCAUCGAAUCAAUCAUCAGAUGACAGCUACGACAGGACACCAUCUCCAUCUAUUCCCCGUAUGCGCGAGAAGAGCCCCGAAGACAUCCAAGUAGUGUCACACGUUCAGUACUCGGGCGAUAUCAAGAUGUCGCUGACUGCAGAAAUCCUGUUAGACUACCCUAUGCCAAGCUUCGUUGGCAUACCGCUCAAGCUGAACAUCACCGGGCUAACCUUUGAUGGCGUUGCUAUCCUGGCGUACAUCAAGAAGCGGGCUCAUUUCUGUUUCUUGUCUCCGGAAGAUGCUGAUGCGCUGAUUGGAAGCGAAACCGGCCUUGACUCUGUACAAUCCGAGGCGCAGAGUCAGGCUCAACGCCUACGGGUCGGUGGUCUGUUGGAGCAUAUCAAAGUUGAGAGCGAGAUCGGAGGGCGGGGAGAGGGCGGACAGGUCCUGAAAAAUGUGGGCAAAGUGGAGUCUUUCGUCCUGGAACAAGUCAGGCGCAUCUUCGAAGACGAGUUCGUCUACCCAAGCUUCUGGACGUUCCUUGUAUGA